AAAGCUUUGAACAUCUUAACUUCAACAACCCAUCUUGUUGCCUUAGUUGUUGAUCUCUUCGGUGUGGAAGCAUUUGAUGUCACUAAAGAAUUCAAAAUUCCAUCAUACAUGUUCUUCCCCUCAACAACUACCUUGUUUUCCUUUUACCUCCAUUUGCCCACUCUCGAUGAGACCUACUCUUGCGAGUAUAGGGACUUGCCUGAACCGGUGAGGCUGCCCGAUUGCGUGCCACUACAUGGAAGAGAUUUCCCUGAUGCAGCCCAAGACAGGAAUAAUGAGGCCUACAAGUGGUUUCUACACAUUUCAAAAUGUUACAGAUUAGCUGAUGGUGUACUAUUGAAUAGCUUUAUGGGGUUGGAAGGAGGUGCCAUUAAAGCUUUCAAGGAAGGAAGAGUCCAUACUGCGCUGCUGGUCUACCCAAUUGGACCAAUCAUACAAACCGGUUCAUUGGAUGUGACCGAUUCAACCGGGUGCUUGAGUUGGUUAGAUAAUCAACCACGAAGCUCAGUACUAUUUGUAUCAUUUGGGAGUGGUGGAGCCCUCUCGUUGGAACAAGUUAAAGAAUUGGCCUUGGGAUUGGAACAAAGUGAGCAUAGGUUCUUGUGGGUUAUUAAGAGCCCAACUCGAGGAGCAGCUGAUGCUACAUUUUUCAACGUGCCAAGCAUUGAGGACCCAUUAACCUUCUUGCCUGAGGGCUUCUUGGAGAGGACUAAAGAGAUGGGCUUAGUUGUGCCCUCAUGGGCUCCUCAGAUUCAAGUUCUUAUCCAUGACUCAACUAGAGCUUGUGGAUGGAAUUCAAUAUUAAAGAGUGUAGUGCAUGGUGUGCCCUUAAUUGCUUGGCCACUCUAUGCAGAGCAAAAGAUGAAUGCAGUAAUGUUAGUGGAGGACAUAAAGGUGGCAUUAAGGCCCAAAGCUAAUGAGGAAGGCUUAAUAAGGCGACAAGAGAUUGCAAAAGUGGUGAAGAGCUUAAUGGAAGAGGAAGAAGGAAAGAGAAUUCAAAGAAAGAUGAGUGAACUCACGGAUGAAGCCACCAAGGUAUUGAGUGAUGAAGGGUCUUCCACAAAGGCACUAUCCGAGGUUGCACACAUAUGGAAGAGCUGCAAGACCAUUUAA